UUAUGCAUAAGGAGUACUUUUACUUUUGGUACUUAAAGUAUAUUUUGAUACCAAUGCUUUUGUGCUUUUACUUGUUACACAGUAUUUUUACCCCGUAGUAUUUCUACUUUUACUUUAGUAGAAUAUCUGAGUACUUCUUUCACCACUGCUACCAUGAGUGUGGAGCUGUGUGCUACAAAAGCCUGCAUUUAAAACAAAUAUUUUACAGCUGAAGACUGUUUUCAAAUGUAUAGCAGGUUGUAAGCGAGGCUCCGUUUGUGAAUGAGGAAACAGUUCAGAGUGUCAGCGCUGCUCCUCCUGCUGGAAUGAGUCAGAGUUUGAUAAGCCCUCCCUCUUCUUCCUGCUCUCAGACACAGCCAGCUCCACUCUGUAUUUCCUGGCUCCUCCCCUUUAGAUCCACACUGAGGGGGAUGAGUGUAACCAACAUGUGGGUAAAGUACAAGAGCUGAUAGGCCACAUUCACUGCACACACCCAUGCUGUUCAGAUCACAGCUCACAUAGUUUCAGGUUUCAGGAAGUGAAACUCAGACACUCGCUGCCACUGAGAGGGGAAAUGGCGCAGAAAGGAGUUCAGCUGGACCGGGAAACCUUCUCUUGUUCGAUCUGUCUGGAUCUACUGAAGGAUCCGGUGACGACAACCUGUGGACACAGCUACUGCAUGAAGUGUAUUAAAGGCUUCUGGGACGGAGAGGAUGAGAAGAAGAUCCACAGCUGCCCUCAGUGUAGGCAGAGCUUCACACCGAGGCCUGUCCUGCUGAAAAACACCAUGUUAGCAGCUUUAGUGGAGGAGCUGAAGAAGACUGGACUCCAAACUGCUCCUGCUGAUCACUGCUAUGCUGGAGCUGAAGAUGUGGCCUGUGAUGUCUGCACUGGGAGAAAACUGAGAGCCUGUAAGUCCUGCCUCGUGUGUCUGGCCUCUUAUUGUGACAAACACCUCCAGUGUCAUAAUGAAUUUAAUAAUGUCUUGAAAAAACACAAGCUGGUGGAGCCCUCCAAGAAGCUCCAGGAGAACAUCUGCUCUCGUCACGAUGAGGUGAUGAAGAUGUUCUGCCGCACUGAUCAGCAGUGUAUCUGUUAUCUCUGCUCUGUGGACGAACACAAAGGCCACGACACAGUGUCUGCUGCUGCAGAAAGGACUGAGAGGCAGAGAGAGCUGGAGGGGAGUCGACUAAACAUCCAGCAGAGAAUCCAGGACAGAGAGAAGGAGGUGAAGCUGCUUCAGCAGGAGGUGGAGGCCGUCAAUGGCUCUGCUGAUAAAGCAGUGGAGGACAGUGAGAAGAUGUUCACUGAGCUGAUCCGUCUCAUGGAGAAAAGAAGCUCUGAUGUGAAGCAGCAGGUCAGAUCCCAGCAGAAGAGUGAAGUGAGUCGAGUCAGAGAGCUUCAGGAGAAGCUGGAGCAGGAGAUGGCUGAGCUGAAGAGGAGAGACGCUGAGCUGAAGCUGCUGUCUCACACAGAGGAUCACAACCAGUUUCUGCUCAGCUACCCCUCACUGUCAGCCCUCAGUGAACCUACACACUCAUCCAGCAUCAACAUCCGUCCUCUGAGCUACUUUGAGGACGUGACGGCGGCCCUGUCAGCAGUCAGAGACAAACUACAGGACGUCCUGAGAGAGGAAUGGACAAACGUCUCACCGACUGAAGUGGAUGUUUUACUGUCAGCAGCAGAGCCCACCACCAGAGCUGGGUUCUUCAAAUAUUCACAGGAGAUCACUCUGGAUCCAAACACAGCAAAUACAUGGCUGUUAUUAUCUGAGGGGAGCAGAAAAGCAACAUACAUGAAACAACAUCAGUCUUAUUCUAGUCACCCAGACAGAUUCAUUUAUUAUGUUCAGGUCCUGAGUAGAGAGAGUCUGACUGGACGCUGUUUCUGGGAGGUGGAGCGGAGAGGGGGAGGAGUUUCUGUAGCAGUCGCAUACAAGAAUAUCAGGAGAGCAGGGAGUGAAAGUGGAUUUGGACUCAAUGACAAAUCUUGGUCCUUAGAGUGUAAACAAAACAGUUAUUCAUUUCGUUACAACAAUAUCAACACUCCCGUCUCAGGUCCUCAGUCCUCCAGAGUAGGAGUGUACCUGGAUCACAGAGCAGGUAUUCUGUCCUUCUACAGCAUCUCUGAAACCAUGACUCUCCUCCACAGAGUCCAGACCACAUUCACUCAGCCGCUACAUGCUGGAGUUUGGCCUUAUCAUGAUGGAGACACAGCUGAGUUUUGUAAACUGAAAAUGGCGCAGAAAGGAGUUCAGCUGGACCGGGAAACCUUCUCUUGUUCGAUCUGUCUGGAUCUACUGAAGGAUCCGGUGACGACUACCUGUGGACACAGCUACUGCAUGAAGUGUAUUAAAGCCCACUGGGAUGGAGAGGAUGAGAAGAAGAUCCACAGCUGCCCUCAGUGUAGGCAGAGCUUCACACCGAGGCCUGUCCUGCUGAAAAACACCAUGUUAGCAGCUUUAGUGGAGGAGCUGAAGAAGACUGGACUCCAAGCUGCUCCUGCUGAUCACUGCUAUGCUGGAGCUGAAGAUGUGGCCUGUGAUUUCUGCACUGGGAGAAAACUUAGAGCCUGUAAGUCCUGCCUCGUGUGUCUGGCCUCUUAUUGUGACAAACACCUCCAGCCUCAUUAUGACGCAGCUACGUUUAAAAAACACAAGCUGGUGGAGCCCUCCAAGAAGCUCCAGGAGAACAUCUGCUCUCGUCAUGACGAGGUGAUGAAGAUGUUCUGCCGCACUGAUCAGCAGUGUAUCUGUUAUCUCUGCUCUGUGGACGAACACAAAGGCCACGACACAGUGUCAGCUGCAGCAGAGAGGACUGAGAGGCAGAGAGAGCUGGAGGGGAGUCGACUAAACAUCCAGCAGAGAAUCCAGGACAGAGAGAAGGAGGUGAAGCUGCUUCAGCAGGAGGUGGAGGCCGUCAAUGGCUCUGCUGAUAAAGCAGUGGAGGACAGUGAGAAGAUGUUCACUGAGCUGAUCCGUCUCAUGGAGAAAAGAAGCUCUGAUGUGAAGCAGCAGGUCAGAUCCCAGCAGAAGAGUGAAGUGAGUCAAGUCAAAGAGCUUCAGGAGAAGCUGGAGCAGGAGAUGGCUGAGCUGAAGAGGAGAGACGCUGAGCUGAAGCUGCUGUCUCACACAGAGGAUCACAACCAGUUUCUGCACAGCUACCCCUCACUGUCAGCCCUCAGUGAACCUACACACUCAUCCAGCAUCAACAUCCGUCCUCUGAGCUACUUUGAGGACGUGACGGCGGCCCUGUCAGCAGUCAGAGACAAACUACAGGACGUCCUGAGAGAGGAAUGGACAAACGUCUCACCGACUGAAGUGGAUGUUUUACUGUCAGCAGCAGAGCCCACCACCAGAGCUGGGUUCUUAAAAUAUUCACAGGAGAUCACUCUGGAUCCAAACACAGCAUACACAUAUCUGUUAUUAUCUGAGGGGAGCAGAAAAGCAACAUACAUGGGACAACAUCAGUCUUAUUCUAGUCACCCAGACAGAUUCAUUCAUUAUGUUCAGGUCCUGAGUAGAGAGAGUCUGACUGGACGUUGUUACUGGGAGGUGGAGUGGAGAGGGAGAGAAGUUCGUGUUGCAGUCGCAUACAAGAAUAUCAGCAGAGCAGGGUGGGGGGAUGAAUGUGGAUUUGGACUCAAUGACAAAUCUUGGUCCUUAGAGUGUCAACAAAACAGUUAUUCAUUUCGUUACAACAGUAUCAACACUCCCGUCUCAGGUCCUCUGUGCUCCAGAGUAGGAGUGUACCUGGAUCACAGAGCAGGUAUUCUGUCCUUCUACAGCAUCUCUGAAACCAUGACUCUCCUCCACAGAGUCCAGACCACAUUCACUCAGCCGCUACAUGCUGGUGUUUGGCUUUAUGAUGGAGCCACAGCUGAGUUUUGUAAACUGAAAUAGCCUGAAGUCAUUUGAGGAACUCUUCUACUUCUUAAACUCAUUGUGUGUCCA